AUGGACCCUUCAAUCAUGAAACUCCUCGAAGAAGACGAGGAUGAGACGAUGCAUUCUGGGGCUGAUGUGGAGGCUUUCACGGCUGCCCUAAACCGGGAUAUUGAAGGGGAUACUUCUACACCUCAGCCCUCUGAUUCUGACAGCACUGCAUUGUCUCAAGGGAGUAGUCACACCCCCAAUCAGUUUCUUCCGCAAUGGCAAACUGCGAAACAGGAUGAAAUUUCCAAUCCUCUGAGUCAGCAAGAUCCCAAUGGCGUUCAGAAAAAUGAGCCAUUAUCAACUAAAACUGACCUACAGCAACAAGCAACGGCCCCGGAGAAUCAGAAACAACCAGAUAUUUCCUUCAAGGAGGGCAACAUCUUUUCGUUUCAGCAAAAACCAUCGCAGGAUGAUUUCCAUCAACCAACAAGUGAACAAAAUGUGGCCCCAGUAUCUCAACCAAUUAAAAUGCAGGAUUUAGAUAGUAGUAACCAAGGGCAUGAUCAGACUCAGAAGGCAGAGCAUCAAGCUCAACUUGUUAGGUUAGAGACGGCAAAUAGUCCGCAGGUUCCCUUGCCAGCGAUGAGUAAUCAACAGUCUUUGCCUGCCACAAUGAGUAACCAACAUGUUAUGGCUCCUGGAACAAGUAAUAGUCAGGCCAUGGCUGCUGGUUCUGCUAGUCAACAAGUAACUGGUGCAGCGAAUCGUGGAAAGCAAGUCCCUUUUGCCCUGUUGCUACCUGUCAUACAGCCUCAACUAGAUAAAGAUCGACAAGUGCAGCUUAAUAAUCUGUACUCGAGAUUAAGGAGAAACGAAAUCUCUAAGGAUGGGUUUGUCCGGGUUAUGAGAAAUAUAGUCGGGGACCCUAUGCUUAAGAGUGCUGUUUUUAAACUGCAAUCACAGGCUACUCGGAGUACGCAGAAUGUGCCUGGUCAACCUCCAUCACAGUCGCAGGUUGCAAUGCAACAGCAAAAUUUGCCAACGCAAGCUCCUGCUCAAAUCAUGAACGCUUCAAGCAAUCAGAUGCCUGAUGGUCAUUCAGUAAAAUCAGGUGAGGUAGAUCGCCUGCCAGAUUCACAUGAAGUGCAAUUAAACCAACUAUCUAAUAAUACUUUUGCUGUUAAUCAAGAUAGGGAGCAUCCCACUUUUCCUGCACAGAGUCUUAAUAAGCCGCAGCCCCAACCACAGGCACAGCACAUGCAGUUCCCACAUAUGUCUUUUCCAGCAUACGGAGCUACUGGAGGCAUUCAGUAUCGUCCAUAUUCUGCCAUGAGUCCUAAUAUUUCUCAACCGCCUCUUAAACAGCAAGUUCAUGAUUCGCAAAUGAGACCAGUUCCAGCUCAUCAAGCUGUGAAUACAUCUCAAUUAGGGUCAACUACACAAGCCAUUAAUAUGGUGGGUAUGCCAAAGUUUGACAGGCAGAAUUCUUUCAAUGACCAAAAGAGAUUACCAAGUGGAACAAUGAGUCCGAUGACUAGCAAUUCAGCACUGCCACAAAAUUCAGUGCAGUGGCAAGCUCCUUCAACUAAAGAGCAGAAAAGUGGGCAUGUUAAACAGGAACCACUUGAUCAAUCCAAUGAGAUAUACAAAUCACAAUUUCCUGUUGCUCCAGGGUUGCCUUCCUUUCCUUCGGCACAUGGUGAUCAAGCAAAAGCCAAGGAUGACUCUGAAAUGCAGUCUGCUAGAGUGAGCUUCUCAAAUCCUGCAAGUGUGUUGCCAUCAAAUUCAGUGUCAUCCUCAAUGGCAAAUCAGAUUGAACCCAGUAAUAUGCUAAGCUCCAAUGUUCCUCCUGCCACCCCUGCGACCCCUCCUGUUGGGCUUGGUGGCAAUGCUAAGGCUCCUGCUAAAAAGCCUACAGUUGGCCAAAAGAAGCCGUUGGAAGCCCUCGGAUCCUCGCCACCACCGUCAAGCAAGAAGCAAAAGGUAUCUGGGGCAUUUCUGGAUCAAAGUAUUGAACAACUCAAUGAUGUCACUGCUGUCAGUGGUGUUAAUCUCCGGGAAGAAGAGGAACAACUAUUUUCUGGCCCGAAGGAAGAUAGUCGUGUAUCUGAAGCUUCUCGACGUGUUGUGCAAGAAGAAGAAGAUAGGUUAAUCCUGGAGAAAGUUCCACUUCAGCAAAAACUGAAGGACAUUGUGUCAAAAUGUGGUUUGAAGGGCAUCAGUAGUGACGUGGAGCGUUGUUUAUCUCUGUGUGUCGAAGAGAGAAUGCGUGGGCUCAUAGGUAACCUUAUUAGAUUGUCAAAGCAGAGGUUGGAUGUUGAGAAGCCUAGACACAAAACUAUUGUGACUUCAGAUGUUCGCCACCAAAUUAUGCUUAUAAAUCGCAAAGCUCAGGAUGAGUGGGAGAAGAAACAAGCCGAAGCAGAAAAGCUCCAAAAGCCGAAUGAGCCUGAGGGCAAUCCUGGAGUUGAUGGUGAGAAGGAGAAGGACGAUGGUCGUGCAAAAUCUGUGAAGGUACCAAACAAGGAGGAAGAUGACAAGAUGCGGACAACAGCUGCAAAUGUUGCUGCUCGAGCAGCUGUGGGAGGAGAUGACAUGCUGUCUAAGUGGCAACUGAUGGCUGAGAAAAACAAGCAGAAACGUGCUGGAGGAGCUGAUGCAGCACCUGGUUCAAAGCCUGUAAAAGAUGUGGGCCGAAAGUUAAAUUUGUCUAAAAGUUCAAGGGACAACCAGGAAGCAGAAAAAAGAGGCCAGUCAACUUCUAACCCCUCAUCAGGAGCAAGUAAAAAGGGAAGAAAUCAAGGUAUUGAUGUACAGCCUAAGGUGUCGCGAACCAUCUCAGUUAAGGAUGUGAUUACCGCCUUAGAAAGAGAGCCUCAAAUGUCAAAAUCAACUCUUAUUUAUAAGUUGUAUGAAAAGAUAGGAAGUGAAGCGGCAACAGGACAACCUUGUUGA